AUGAGCGACCAACCCAACGGUGUCGCCCCCGAGGCGACCGAAAAAUACGCUAUUGGUAUCUCCUUUGGGAACUCGAACAGCUCUAUAGCUCACAUUUCACAGGAAGGAAAAGCUCAAGUCAUCGCCAAUGAAGAAGGAGAUCGCCAUAUCCCUUCCGUCUUGUCAUAUGUCGAAGGAGAAGAAUAUCACGGCACGCAGGCAAAAGCCCAGCUAGUCCGGAAUCCAAAAAACACGGUCGCAUACUUCAGAGAUUAUCUUGGAAAAGAUUUCAAAUCCAUAGAUCCGACUCCAGCCCACGCUUCCGCGCACCCUCAGCUCCACAAUUCAUCUGUCGCUUUCACAAUUUGCGACACAGCCGCUGAAGAGCCCAACACAAUCACUGUAUCGGAGAUUGCCGCACGCCACUUGCGACGACUGAAGCAAUCCGCCUCAGAUUUCCUCGGAAGCGAUGUCAACGCUGCAGUCAUCACUGUGCCUACGGAUUUCUCUGAGGCGCAGCGCUCUGCCUUGAAGUCCGCAGCGAAGGACGCUGGUAUCGAUGUUCUUCAAUUUAUCCAUGAGCCAGUUGCUGCCUUGUUGGCAUAUGAUGCGAGACCGGAGACCCCCGUCAAGGAUAAACUCGUAGUAGUUGCGGAUUUCGGCGGUACUAGAUCGGAUAUUGCCGUCAUUGGUUCAAGAGGAGGGAUGUACACUGUUUUGGCAACCGUCCACGACCCCGAGCUAGGAGGCGCGCAAUUGGAUCAAAUUCUUAUCGAUCAUUUUGCAAAAGAGUUUAUCAAGAAGCACAAGACAGACCCACGUGAGGAUGACCGCAGUUUGGCGAAAAUGAAGCUUGAGGCAGAGGUUACAAAGAAAGCUUUAAGUCUUGGAUCGAAUGCUGCACUCAGCAUCGAAAGCCUGGCGAACGGUAUCGAUUUCAGCUCAACCAUCAAUCGAACAAGAUACGAAUUGCUGUCUGGAAAGGUGUUUGGCAGUUUUACCCAGCUUAUCGAGCAAGCAGUGAAGAAGGCUGAAUUGGAUGUCCUUGACAUCGACGAGGUAAUUCUUUGCGGCGGAACUUCACAUACACCUAAAAUCGCCCGUCUCGUACAGUCUCUCUUUUCGCCUUCAACCACCGUCCUCGCACCAUCCACGUCUCCUACCGCAAUCAACCCCUCGGACCUUGCCGCUCGUGGCGCUGCCAUCCAAGCUUCGUUGAUAGAAGAAUUCGAAAAGGACGACAUCGAACAAUCGACCCACCCCAUGGUCACUGUCGCCCCCCAUCUUGAAAAGGCCAUUGGCGUCCAGCUCGUCUCAGCCGACGAAAGUGCCGAAUCCACCGCAAUCUUCAAGCCGCUCUUGAGCGCCGAAACCGCGCUUCCAGCUCGACGAUCUGCACAGUACGCCGUCCCCAAAGACGGCGGUGAUGUUAUUCUGCGCGUCUGUGAAGGCACCCGUGAGAUCAAGGUAAUCAAGGCCGAGCCCAAGGCGAAACCCGCUCAGCCCAAGGAUGAGGAAGACUCGGACGUCGACUCUGAUGAAGACAGUGAGGAGGAGGAGGAAGAUAUCCCGUGA